UAAACUUGUGAGCUAGACCAAAAAUGGGCGAUAUUGAGGAUCCCGUUCCUUUAUUAUUUACCUCUGGUUCACCGAGCCUGCUGGCUCAGUAUGUGCCGGACAGGCUUAUGACAAACAAGGAUGAAGAAGGAAGCCCUAUCAUGUUUGGCGAUCUAGGGUCUUCCGUCACGCAUCAUUUUGCGCCAUUCAGUGUAGUCUAUGGCGAUGCUGCGCGGCUUAAACUCCAGUCCUAUGUAGUGGUGCAACGUGGAGCGAUUGUUCGGCCACCGCUACGUCCUCUGGUCAACCAACUGGUAGCGCAAUCAGUCGCAUCGGUUGACAUUGGAUAUUUUACCAUUAUUGGGGAAAAAACCGUUUGUGAAGCGGCAGAGGUCGGCAACUUUGUACGUAUCGAUGCUCAGUGCGUGAUCGGAAGUCGUGUCCGAAUACCCGAUGGGGUGUGGAUUAGGCCGCGCAGCUGGAUCCCACCGGAUGCAGUUCUAGCACCGUACACGGUCUACGAAGGAAGCCCUGCGAUGUCCCUUGGUCGAAUCGAUUAUGACGCAUAUCGCCUUGGACAAAUGGAGUUUAUACGAGAGUGCGUAGAUUGGUAGCAUUUUAUGUUGUACCUAUGCCUGCCGUUCCUCA